AGCCAAGAGGGCAAGAGGCGGCCUGGGGUGCAUCAAGCACGGUGCAGACAGAGGAGCCUGUCCCGCCGUAGUCAGCGCUGGUGUGGCCUCACCUGGAAUAUUGUGUAGUUCUGGGUUCUGCAGGGGAAGGAAUCAAAGCUGGUGAAGGCAGUGGUCUGUGAGAAUCAGCUAAGGACUUCGGGUUUGCCUGGUUUGGAGAAAAGGAGGCUGAGAAUUAUUCUCAUCAUUCCACGGCUUCCUGAGGAGGGGAAGCAAAGACAGGCGAUGCUGAUCUCUUCUCCCCGGUAUCCAGUGGAUAUCCUAGGAUAACACCUCAGAGGACAAAAAGAACCCAAAGAGACUAUGUUCAGCUUCUUCCGAAAAAGUCAAGAUUCAAAGAAGGUCACAGUGCCAGAGAGAGAAGCAGAUGGAUUUGUUAUUGUGGGUGACACAGCUGAUGAUCAAAGUAGAGACUCAAAGGAUAAAACUUCAUUUCCGGAGACCAGACCGAGGUACAGUCAACCUUCACAGAUAAAUUCGGGGCAGCGGUCACAGUUGCCUGUAUCAAGCACAGAGAUGGGAAAUCAAAGGAGCCAGGCUUUGGAGAGCAGCCCUUUCAUGUCAGAUCUCCUGAGCGAUGUCCCCUUUGCCCUGGCGCCACAUGUGUUAGCAGUGCAGGGCACCCACAGGGACGUUCCUGACCGGCUGCUCACCUACGACAUCAAUGAUAAUUUAUCAAGGUUUUGGUAUGACUUCACACUUGAAAAUUCAGUGCUUUGUGAUCUGUAAUGUUCUCUUUAUCUUUUCUGCCUCUGCCAAGGAUCAAGUCUUAAAUUGAAGAUAAAGACUUACUUUAAUUGACUAAUAUUUGGGGGCUUGCUGCUGGUAUAUCAAAGGGGUUGUUAUUCACAACUGUGAUAUAUUUCUUAGCUUUAAGGGAACUAUAACUUAGUACAUUAAAUAUUGCAUUUAUUUCCAAAGAAAUCAAGCCUCAGUAGGAGACUGGCUGCUGGUAUCUACUUCCAGUAGGUAGGCUGCAGACACAAACAUUUGACUUUAAGAGGAAGUCUAUGUCUCAACUGUUUUGUUAUUUCAAUUAGAUACAAAACACAUAGAUCCUGUUACACAUAUUAAGAUCACCUCUUGAUUUGUACAUAUAGAAACCAAUGUUAAUGCUGAAGCAAUGCUGCUCUGCACUACUGGACAGAGAGCUUUUCAGUGAAACCAAGUUUUAAAACUCAGAGUUAAUUACAAGCCCUUAAGUAAUCAUUAAGACUUAAUAGAAUUGGUUAAACGUACCAAUUUUAAAGUGAGAAUCAGUUGCUUCCUUCCCUUUUCCAGUAGAUGGUAUUUUGUCUGUCUCAUUUUGUGCCUGCCUGGAGAAGCUGUCCCUGCCUGCCUGUUGGCUGCUGUUUGUUCUCAUUACCACAUGUGUUCCUGAUUUAUAUACAGAUCAGCUUUUCCAUUUUAACCUCUUUGCCCCCUGAAGAAGGAAAUCUCAGGACACGUACUUUUAAUGGUCACACCCUUCUUUUUUUAAUUUGUGUGCCAGAGGUACAGAUGGCAAUGUUUAACAACAGGAAAACAUUACAUUGUUUCUUAUCCAACUAAAUUACACUGCUAAAUGCCUAAACACACAUUCUCACAGACCACUGUGUCCCCAAUCACAAGCUUUGAGCAUUUUACCAGCUAAGACCAGAGCUGCUGUUCCACCAGCAACAGCUCUCUGAUGUCACAUCACAGUUUGUGAUGGAUGUGUGACCUGUGGCACACACUUGUUUUUUCUCUUGGGGUACAAUAUAUAGAUUGUGCUAAAUGUUGGUGGAUGUUUUCCUGUAUUUUUUAUGCUCUUACUCUCUUGUGGUAGCGUAAAGUACAUAUAUUUUAAGACUUGGGUCCUCUUACAGUAUUUGAGAUAAAUACUGUAAAAUGAUGAAGAAAUUACAUUGUGAAUAUGUCUUAGGUUGUUAAAUAUUAAUCGUUUAGAAUUUUUUUAAAUGUGCAUACUUUAUAUUUUUGACAGCUGUGUUCUUAAAUGUUUUGAAGGUAUUGUUUCAAGGGGAAUAUCUGUGCUGCACUCAAAUAAAAAAGCCAAGUAAUAAUGAGUUAUUUUUUAUAUGUGAGAGUUAUUAUGUGGUUUCACCUAUAUUGUUUACUACAUCUCUGACCAUUCAGCUUUCAUAGGAACUUGAACUUGGAAAUUCAGUUUGAAAAUCUUUUCAGUGUCAUUUUAAAAUUAGUGUCCUUCUAAUAAAAUAUAUCACACUCUCA